GCUUGACGCUCGAAGGGAUCCUGUUGUAUUGUUUUGGUCCAGUCGAGCCCUCUCACCAAAAUGACAGCGAGGAAGUCUGGGUCACGACUGGAGACCGAGAUAGAGCGGUGCCGUUCAGAGGGGCAGUGGGACAAGAUACCGGAAUUAGUACGGCAGCUUUCAGCCAAACUAAUAUCAAACGAUGACCUAGGGGAGUUGCUGCUGGGGGAUUGCAAGCUUCAGACAUACCUGAAGGAGAACCCCAUCAAACAGGGAUCCAGUCCCAGGGGCCCACGACCUAAACUGGUAGAGGUCAGGAAACACCUCACUGCUGCUCUGGACAGAGGAAACCUCAAGGCCGAUUACCUCCAGGAAGCCAGUUUGUUGAUGGCCAAACUGUGCUACGUGGAGGGAGAAUACAGAGACGCUUUAGAUCACUACAGCAGGGUGAACCUGGAUGACAUGCAGCUGGUGGGAGCUCCUGUGUAUAGGCUGUCCAUGAUAGCAGAGGCAUACGCUACUAAAGGACUGUGUCUAGAGAAGGUCCCAGCCGUCUCUCCAUCUCUAUCCAAUAAGAACCCUGGGUCUCCAUCAUCCAAUAGGAACCCAACAGAGCAGGAGCAGGAAAUAAUCACCUGCUAUGAAAAGUCCGGAGACAUCGCUCUGCUCUACCUGCAGGAGGCUGAGAAGGCGUUGUCGGCAGGAAUUCAGAACCGUAGCCCAAAGCCCGGCCCGACAGCCCAGGACCUGGAACUGGGCUACUUCCUGGAGACGGGCCUGCAGAGAGCCCACGUCAUCCACUUCAAGAAUGGCAACCUGACACGAGGCGUGGGCCGGUUUCGGGAGAUUCUUCGGGCUGUUGAGAACAGAACCACCCAGAGCCUGCGCAUGACCAUAGCCAGACAGCUUGCAGAGAUCUUGCUCAGAGGAAUGUGUGAACAGAGUUACUGGUCUCCUCUGGAAGACCCACCCACAGUGUCGCCACUAGAUGAUCCCACACGGCAAGGACACACUCACAGCAAGAACUACAGCUUAAGCCGACGCCCACGAGUGUACUCGGGAGAGAAUCUGUUUUGCCCUCAGGAGAACACAGAAGAAGCUUUGCUGCUGCUGCUCAUCAGUGAGUCCAUGGCUAACCGUGACGCUGUCCUGAGCAGAAUUCCUGAACACAACAAUGACCGUAUCAUCAGCCUGCAGUCUGCCUCUGUGGUGUACGACCUGCUGACUAUAGCUCUGGGCAGGAGAGGGCAGUACGAGAUGCUGUCAGAGUGUUUGGAGAGAGCAAUGAAGUUUGCCUUUGAGGAGUUCCAUUUGUGGUACCAGCUCGCCCUGUCGCUGAUGGCAGCUGGGAAAUCAGCUCGUGCCGUUAAGGUCCUUAAGGAGUGUAUUCGUCUGAAGCCUGACGACCCCACCAUCCCACUGCUGGCUGUCAAACUGUGCAUCGGACCUCUGCACUGGUUGGAUGAAGGUGAGUGCUUUGCAAAGAUGGUGAUUGACAUGGGGGAGAAAGCAGCUGAGUUCAGAGCCAAAGGCUUCUUGGCCAUCGGGCUGGUUUACAGCCUCAAAGCCACUGAUGCAUCAUUGCGAAGCACACAGGAGGAGUACCAGAGGAAAGCUUUGGGAGCCUUCCAGAGAGCUCAGAGUCUGUCUCCUACUGACCAUCUAGCAGCCUUCUACUUGGCGCUGCAGCUUGCUGUGUCCAGACAGAUCCCCGAGGCACUAGGCUAUGUCCGACAGGCGUUGCAGCUUCAAGGGGAUGAUGUCCACUCCCUUCAUCUGCUGGCCCUGCUGCUCUCUGCUCAGAAACACUACCACGACGCUCUCAAUAUUAUAGAGAUGGCUCUGUCCGAGUACCCUGAGAACUUCAAUCUGCUGUAUACCAAGGUGAAGCUGGAGUCAAUGUGUAGAGGACCAGAAGAAGCUCUGCUCACCUGUAAACACAUGCUGCAGAUCUGGAAGAGCUUUUACAACCUUACCAACCCCAGUGAUUCUGGGCGUGGCAGUAGUCUGUUGGACAGAGCCAUAGCAGACAGACGACAGCUCAACGCCAUGACUCUGCCGGACUUCAGUGACCCUGAGACCGUCUCAGGUUCUUCCUCUUCUCACUCUGGUUCUGAACCGGUCUCCCCCAUCUCCCCAUCCACCAUUUCCACCCUCUCCUCCCCACUGUCCUCCCCCUCUUCCUCUGUCUUCAUCCUGCAGCCUCCUCCUCCGCCCAAAAACCCAUCUGUCCUCCCUCCUCCUCCCCCUCCCCCUCCUCCUCCUGCACCCACCAAGACCAGGACUCAGUCCUUUUGCAACCACGUCACUCUCCGCCAGCUCUCCUCCAAUUGCGGCCUUCAGGACGCUAACACUCUUGGUUUUUCCUCCAUGUUUUCUGUUUGUUCGGUUCAUGCCACAUCUAUAGCAGCCAGUCGCGUAGAGCAGGCUCUGUCUGAGGUAGCCUCCUCACUGCAGAGCAGUGCCCCCAAACAUGGACCCCUGCACCCCUGGAUGACCCUGGCGCAGAUCUGGCUGCAUGCAGCUGAGGUGUACACCGGCAUGUCAAAGCCUGCAGAGGCCUCGGCCUGCACACAAGAAGCUGCCAACCUCUUCCCCACAUCUCAUAACGUGCUGUACAUGAGGGGGCAGAUAGCCGAGCUGAGGGGCAACAUGGACGAUGCCAAACGCUGGUAUGAAGAGGCGCUGUCCAUCAACCCGACGCAUGUCAAGACCAUGCAGAGACUGGGUCUGAUUCUUCACCAGCUGCAGCGCUACAGUUUGUCUGAAAAGGUCUUGAGGGAUGCUGUGCAGGUCAACAGCACGGCUCAUGAUGUGUGGAACAGCCUGGGUGAGGUGUUGCAGGCUCAGGGAAACGCUGCCGCUGCCACCGAGUGUUUCCUCACUGCCUUGGAGCUGGAGGCCAGCAGCCCCAUUCUGCCCUUCACCAUCAUACCCAGAGCACUAUGAGACAUUCACUUUGACAGUUAUAGCCUCACUACUGUAGCACAGUGGCACAAGUGACCCCCAUACACACACAUACACACACACUGUAAAUGCAAUUCGUACUCAUAAACAUACAUACACGCUUCCCCCCACCCACCAACCCUUCCCACAAUGCUUUGCUGUGGCUGUGAGCCCUGGCUGUGUGUGCGUGUGUGUGUGUGUAUGGGGGGCAUGUGUCAGUGCGCGGAUACAUUGCAUGUGUGUGUCGAUCUGCACUUUCUGUGUGCCUGUUUUUGACUGUGGACCCAUUUCUGUGUAUGUGUGCCAACAUGUUGCAUGUGCAUAUUUGUGUCUGCUUGUAUGUGAUUUGCAGAUGAUUUGUCCUGUUCACACAUGUAAAUAAGAUUCACUUUGAAUUCCUACUCUGCCAUUGCUAGCCUAAUAACAUUUAGUUAUUUAGUCCACAAAUUUACGAGCCCGCACAGUUUGCUUUUCCUUUCACAUACUGAGGGUACAUCUAGCAAAUUUGACACACCAUGAAUUAUGGGCAAGUUUUAUUAAUGUUUUUUUAUAAGCCAAAUAUUACUGAUAACACUCAUAUGUUCACUUGCUGUAUAGCUGGCUCAGGAAAGCCAGAUCUCUGAGAACCUACUGGAGGAUCAACAGACAUGAUCCUAAGAGCACUGAAGACUCAAACAGUCAGUGACGUUAAUGCCAAAACACAGGCUGCAUUUACACACACAGGAGAUCAGAUAUGAAACUGCUGAUGUCCGAGGGACGGCUGUGGGUUGUUCUUUUCUACAUUUUUAAAUUAAAGCACAUUUUAUCCCCAGUGUACAGCCUUUACAUGCUCGUUUGUUGAACCGUUUACAAAAUGUUCAAAUAUGUGCACUAUAAUUCGGUCCCCCCCCCCAAAAAAAAAGCUUUGAAGCUCAAGUAAUGGUUUGCGAAAUGCAUUUUUCCAUUCUUGCUGAGACGUAGAUGUACGGUGAAGGUAAAGCUACUGCAAAGCAGACGAUUAACUCACCUUAGUAAAAUGGCUGGAAACAUGGGGAAACAUCUAGCGUGGUAACAAAAUCUGCAUACUGGCAUACAUUUGUAUAAAACAAAUGCAAUGGACAACGGACAGAUGAGAUCUAACAUGCUAAUUAGUGAGCUUUCAAGGUGCUGGUAAGCAGACUUUAUUACCUUUAGACAGAGCUAGGCUUGCCUUUCCCCCGUUUCCAUUGUUUAUGCUAAGCUAGGCUAACCAACGGCUACUUCUCACCUCAUAGCGAAUGAGCGUAUUUCCCCAAAAUGCCACUAUUGCUGUGAAAUAAGUCCAAUUUCCACUUUUGCGUUUGUAAAUGUUUUUAUACUUUUGAUCUAUUUGGACAAGCUGACGGUUUUUAGCGUGAGCAGCUAGAGUCACACAAGCUGAACACAAGAGUGCAACUUUCAAAACCCCCACACCACAAUGUCGCAGGUUAACAUUCAUAUAAACUCGCGGAAAGCUGGAGCUCCUAUGUUACAUUUUAUUUUAACACAUUGUAAGCGUGAAUGGGAGGAAUCUGUUACAGACAUUUUCUAAAAAGUCCGACUUUCUGUUGUGUGUAAAUGCAACCAGUGACUGUGUUAUGUUAAAAUACAACUAGAUGAAUAUUUUUUCCAUUAGAUUUUUGAUUAUAAAGACAAUGGAUUAUUGUUGUAUAUUUGAUUGUUCCCAAUGUAUUAUUAUUAUUAUUAUUAUUAUUUUAGAAAGUAAAUUAUAAUUCUAUUUUCUGGAGAGUGAUGGGAUGCUGUUGGAGAGAUAAAAGGAUGAAGUGGUUCAGUUUGUUGACACAAGUGCAGUCAGUGAGUCCUUUGUGGUGUAAAUGAAUGACUGAAAUUAGGAUAAUAAUAAUGACAAAGAUAAUAAAAGUGGUUGAAAAACAAG